AUGGCCGGCUGCAACUCGAGACACUUCAACCUGCAGGACUCGCCUUUCGAGCUCUUCUUGCUCGGCGAGGGCGAAAAGAAGAUUGAAGAAAAGGUGUACUCUGGCAUGUCCAACACGUCCGACUUCAUCCUGAACAAGGAGGACCACACGCUCGGCAACUUGCUCUCGGAGCACCUGAAGCUGCACCCCAACGUCUACAUGGCUGGUUAUAAGCUCGGCCACCCCAACGUACCACAGCUGUUCAUCCGGCUGCAGACCGACGGCACCAAGACGCCGCGCGAGGUCUUUUGCGCCGUGUGCGAGAAGCUCAUCAACCAGCUCGAGUCCCUGCACCAAGAGUUCACGCGCGAGUGGGAGCUGCGCCGCAUCACAAACGUCGGCGAGCAGGGCAACAUGCAAACAAACGGCCACUGA